AUGGCGAUGGCGACCUCAGCAUGCCAGGCCUUAGCGAUCAUAGUGAUCACCGCAGCUGCGCCGAGCACGGCGUCUGCUGAGGAGGCUGUCCGCAACGCCACUCAGAGGAUCAUCAACAAUGACCCCACAAUGGGUGCCGCCUUUGUGCGGCUCUUCUUCCAUGACUGCUUCGUCAAGGUAAAUGAUUAA